ACCUCAAGAACAGGUACAUAUUCAACAUGUCAAAACUGGACCCCAACUGCACUAAUUGUGACAGCCCGGUGCAAGAGCCCGAUGAGAAAGUACAGCUGCAUGUAGAUCUUCAAAAUACACCGGAAGGAGCAAUUGAUCCGAAACAAGCUGCUCAAAUAGUGAAUCUCAUAGGAAACAUCGUUUCCAGCCUGAAUGGGUCUUCUGCUGAGCUGUCUGUGGGAGAAGGAGUGUCGGGAAUCUUAGUGAAGCAAACACAUGUCGAGGACGCUGAAGAAGUAUCCUUUGGUUAUGCAAAUCCAAAUCAAAGCAUAAAUAUUAUACAAGACAGAGAGUUUCUAACUGGAUUCUCAAGGUCUGUAACCGUCUCAAAAGAAGCUUUUCAGCAAGCUUUCAAUAGCUCCAAUUCAACGUUUGCAGCUGUUUUCCGAUUUAUUAAUAUGGCAGAGGAUGAGAAGAACAGCACUGUUUUAGGCGAUGAGGUUUUAGCAAUUGAGAUGGGAACCAAAAUCGCCAAUCUCACAGACACAAUAAACAUCAAUUUUAAGAACAUGAAAUAUAAAGGGAUACCAGCGUGCCAUUCAUGGGAUGGAAAAGGAGCUAAACCAAACUGGACCGAAGAUGGAUGCGUGACGAACAUAACUGGACGCAACAUUACAUGCCAGUGCACACAUUUGACCUUCUUCGCUAUUUUACUGACACCCCUCAAUGAAACCAUCUCUAGUACCGACCUGAAAAACCUCAACAUCAUCACCCAAGUUGGCUGCGGCCUGUCCAUGUUCUUCCUCGGCAUAGUCCUCUUCAUGCACUUCCUUACAAGGAGGAAGAAGGCCAGCAAAUCCACGAGGAUCCUCGUCCACCUGGUGUCAGCCAUGUUCUUCCUCGACUUCGCCUUCCUGAUCAACAACUACGUGGCAAGGCUGAACAACACCUGGGCUUGUAAGAUCAUGGCGGCUGUCAUGCACUACUUCCUGCUGGCCACUUUCACUUGGUUCGCCGUGCAGGCCUUCCACCUCUGCCUGCAGCUGUACAUGGCCGGCAAAAUCGUAAUCCAUCGCUACAUCCUGAAAGUCUCCGUCACCAGCUGGAUCAUACCCAGUUUAAUUGUGGUUGUCCUGUUAAUUGUGGGAAAAUACGGCCAACAGAUCGUCCAGGCCGACAACGCAGAAAACGCAGAGUCCCUGUGCUGGAUAACGGACACUGACAUCCAUUACAUUGUAAACAUCGGCUACUACGUGGUGGUUUUCCUCUUCACCUUCACCACCUUCAUUAUCGUGGUGUCCUGGCUCUUUUGUCUCAAAAACCCCAAGUUGAAUGGUCAAGUGAGCCAGAAUGGCAAAAGCAUCCUCACCAUCAUGGGCCUGUGUUGCAUCCUGGGUAUCACGUGGGGUUUUGCCUUCUUGGCCUACGGAGUCCUCAGGAUCCCCUCGUACUACAUAUUCACCAUCCUCAACUCCUUCCAAGGUUUCUUCCUGUUCAUCUACUACUACAACACCAGCCACACGGGAGAGGCCAACGCUGGUGCGGGCGAACAGAGCAACUUAAGCAGCACCAGCAGCAUCAGCAGCUCCACGCUUAAUACCAGUCUGGAGACCACUGUAAACCCCUACCACAACAUACGCCGCAAUUUAUCAUUUCUUAAAUGAGGAGCAUCGCCACGUUACUGGUCGGCAAGAGUUAGGUGGAAAGUGCACUGAUGUGUGACAUAUAGGCCUGCAAAAUAUAUAUAUAUAUAUAUAUAGAGAGAGAGAGAGAGAGAGAGAGAGAGAGAGAGAGAAAGACAGAUAGAUAGAUAGAUAGAUAGGUACUUUAUUUACCCUGUGUUUUUAAUAUACAGGAAGAUUGCUUUAGUAGUAUAAGAUUUAGUUUAUCUUUUUACCAGAAUUAGUUUUUGCACAGUUUUCAUUCAUUUUUAAUGCAACGUUUAAAUCAACAGAAAAGCUUCAAGAUAUUUAAAAUGCUUUAUUUAUUUUUGUUGUUUUGAAACCUGCUUCAAUUUCGUUGGAAAUAUACUGUACAAAGUUUCUACUCAAAUGAGGGGAUGCACAAAAUAUUACAGGUGCUGUUCAAACCAUUAAAAAGGUGAGAAUCCUUCACUCAUUUUUAGUAGCACUAACAUUAAAACACCGCUUAUGCAUGAAUACAGUCAAAUAAAAAAGCUCAUUUUAAACCGGGGGAAUGCCUGUACAGUUAGUGUAAGAGAGCUUCCGCUUCCUCCAGAGCUUUUUCCAUUUCAGCCGCCUGCAGGGAAAACGUCUCCCUUUCCUGUGCCACGUGCUCUCGUGCUUUAAUGAGGUCCGUCAUGGUCAUUUGGAUGUCCUAAAAGUUUCAAAAUAGAACAUUAACUCACACUGCAACACCACAGGACAAUAAAACCCUGGGGAGACUUUGGACUCACCUCAAGCCGAGCGCGUUGUUGCGAUGCAACAUCACCAAAGGCCUUUAAUUCAUUCAGCAGGUCUGUGGAAACGCUCUAAAAUAAAGACAAUAUAGAGGUUUGCUAGGUGGCUUUGUCUAUGAUAGUUAAAAUGCUGCGUGUUUCUAGGAUGUGUUUGAUAAAUAUACUGUGUGCUCUUAAUAUUUUGCCUUCAGUUGUUUGAUUAUGUGGCAUGGAACAAUUCAAUUUCAAUUAUACUCAUGUUUGUAGUUAUUUGUGUGAGUUUGAUGUGUGCAUGUACAGACUGUAUAUCAUCAAGUAAAAAGAAAUAAAAUGUACCAUAACUUC